GUCUCGCAUCCCUUUCGCUCUCUCCCGCUGCUCACAUGCGUUCUAGAUCGUUUAAUUUUCUUAGUUUUCAUUUGCUCGCCAAAUUUUAGCAACGUUGCUGGUUUAAUCGGCUGCACCUGCAAUCGCGGAUAAUCAGGGAGCGCCGAGCACUGAGUUCUCAUAGCCAAACGAAACGUCCCGAUUCGCUCGAUUUGGAACUGGAACGGACCAUGAAAACAAGCAAUCUCGGCCUGUACGCUUUCCGUUUAACCUUCGGUCAGGCGCCGCCGCUGUCCGCACAGGCCACGACGCACUGCAGCCAUGGCUUUACCACCAGCUCGUCGUCGCCCAACCGUGUGGUGACCCGCUCGGCCACCAUGCUGGCGCUCUUCGGCAUCGCGCUGUCCUCGUUCAGCCUUAAGCAACUGCUGGCCAAAAAGCAGAAGCACCGGGGCCUGCGCAAGCUCUAGGAUGGAGCUAUAGCCAAGAAGAUCAGAGCGGAGAUCAUAGCGAUGCCAACGCCAACGGUAGAAGCGGUAAUGAAGAGCCAGAGCGCCAUGUCCUGAGGUCACACAUUCGACAACUUUACCAUCCGCCAUCAUCGUGUAUAUUUGCCUAAGUUAAGUCAUCCACUCAUCACAGACCCAAGCGGAACUCGGACAUGGAGGCUUGUUUUGUAAUAUUCUCGAUAAAUUGAUCGGAGGCGAGGAUCUGUGCGCAUAUAAAGAUAUAUUUUCUUGUUUACACAUGCACAUCAUGCAUCGCCAACUAAAAGGAAUAAAUUUGUGAUAAGUCGUGUUUGAGAAAAGCCCAUCAGCAGACAAACUGAACGAAGGAACGAUGGAGAAAAAGAUUCGCUAAGCUUGCGAAAAUCCCAAAUUUUCCUAUACUCUUUUGUUGCCCGUUUUAGUUAUAUAUAUUUUAUGUGUAAACAAGUCUAUUAUAUACGUAUAUUUAUUUACAAGUUAUUUGCAAACCAGAGAAACGACUAAGUAGGGAGGGAUAAAAACAAGAAUGACUUCGUUGGACAGCAGAUCGCCGAGCAGGCUGUGUCAGUAUCCAAGAAACAAACUAGUUCUAGCUGCGUAUUCAAAUAAAUACAUUAUAUUCAAUUCGAAAAUAUUGAUUUUUAUUUAUAAUUUUCAUUAAAGCGUACAAGCUUUAGCAUCUAUAAUAGUUUAAUUUAUCUGCCCGACCAAUUCUACGCAAAACCGAAAAAUAAUAAUUAUGCAAGAAUUAUUCUGUGGGAAUAUUAUAAUUCAAUAUCAUUAAUACCUUUUUAAUACAAAAUAUUAAACAUUUAAGCGCUAUUUUUGUGUUUUCUGAAAAUUAUUUGGUAGUUCAUUUAAUUUUUUUGCUCCUACAAACACUGUUAAUUGGAUUCCUGUUAUUAUAGUAUUUGUAGAUUAUUUCAUACAAUUUAUUAUCAAUUACUUGAAUUCUAGAAAAUAUUAAAAUUAAACCGUUUUAAAAGACACCGUGAUGAAUUGCAAUAUAUUUCUGUAAUAACCUGAAUAUUUUAACUCCUGUUAUAAUAUAUUAAACGUUUUUUUACGACCUUAAGAACCAGUGACGAUCGGGUCCACUGUGAAACACUUAUAUAUGUACUUAUAUGCUCUUUAAAAAAUAAUAACUUAUUAAUAUUGACUGUGUAUCUAACACUAAAA